CGCCAUUUUUUAAAUCGCUUUACCUAGUAGUUUUCUACUUUACCGACUGUACCGAAUUAUAGUUCAUCAUAACGCGCUCAGCGCGCCACUGUCGAGGUCAAACAAACUUGUUACCAACUAUUUACAGGGGAACUGGCUACCCUGUUCUUGGUCAUUAACUUAGUGGAACAGAUCGCUAAGAGUUUGUUUAAUUUCGUAUAUGAUCCUCGUCUGUAUUAUUUAAAAAAGAGGAUCUGGCGGGAAAGCAAAAAUUAUGGUUAUAGUAAUUUGUUUACUAAUUAUUUAGUACACUACAUUUUAUGUUAUUUACGAAAAUUUAUAAAGCGAGAGUAGCGAGAUAAAUAUGGCUAAUGAAGAAAAACUGAAGAAAAAAUUACAGACUUCAUUUAAAUUAAGUGGCUUUAAUGUUAGACGGUAAGUAAAACCAUUGUAUUUAAAUGUAAAACGUAAACCGUCAUUUUCUAUGCUGUUUUUAAUUCAUUAACAAAUUAGAAACUCCAUUUAAGAUAAUCUGAAUCAUUCAAGUUUGGCUUGUCUCACAGUUUCAACUCAGUCUAAAUGCCCAUGAUUUAGAGAACAUAUUUUUUUAAUAUCUUGUAAUUGCCAACGUUUAUUAGACGCCACACUAAUUAAAAGGGAAUUCUGUCAUUUGAUAUUAGAAUCAUUCAAGGAAGAAGGGAUAGAUUUGAAUAAUAAUUCAGUUUUUGAUACAAUUAUUAGUAAUUUUUGUAGUAGUUUAGAGAACCAAUGUCUAUUAGAGAAAAGUAUUGAAAAAGAAAAUAUAGAAAGAGCCAUUCAAAUAUGUUUAAACCAGGGAUCUGACAAUACAGAAUCAAUUAUAAAUGUUAUUAAUGCUUUUGAUUUUCCAAAACUGAGUUAUAAUCCAGAAAGAAAACAGUAUUAUAUCGAUAAUAAUAAAUCAUUAAUAUUGCCAGAAGCUGAUGUUAAAGCCAAAUUAUUUUUUGAACGAUACAUAACAGUUUUACAAAGAACCAAAAGAAACUUUCAACAAAAAGGAGAAGAUUUAAAAUUACAAACUGUGGAUUAUUUAUUAACUCUUUCAAAGGUUACUUUAGAUAGAACCUUAAUUUUAGGAGCUCUCUGUCAAAUAUCAGAAGGAAAAUGGUUUUUAGAAGAUAUUACUGGAAUUGUAGAACUUAAUUUAAUUCAUGCAAAGUUCCACUCUGGAUUUUUUAAUGAAAAUUGUUUAGUUCUAGUGAAUGGAUAUUAUGAAGAUAGAAUUCUUCAUGUAUCUUCAAUGGUAUUACCACCUGGCGAAGAUUAUAAAAGUUCUAGACCAUCAUUUGGAAAUAUAAAUUACUUUGGAGGAUCAUCUAACAUUCCUUUAAGAGAUUCGAAUAGGUUGAAAGAACAUAUGUUUCAAAAUAAAGCCAAAUUUAUCUUAUUUUUCUCAGAUGUUUGGCUAGAUCAUCCUCAAGUAAGUGUUAGUAGGCAGCCAUAAUUUCUGUGUGUUAAAGGGGUUGCAUAACUAUUUUAAAUUAUCUAAUUUGCCUACAUCACAUACUUUGAUGUGGCCUACAUUCCAAGUUGACAUAUUUAUUGUUUAAAUAUAUUUGUUUUUCUAUGACAUAUACAUUCACAUCUGAUUAGAUGAAAUAAAAAAAAUCAUCUCAUACUUAUUUUGAACUGCACUUGGCAACAUUGUCAGUUUGAUGGUUUGGUGUCAAAUGUCAAAGGCACAAACAAAACAAAAAUUGUUUUUGUUGUUGAACCAAUAUAAUUAUGGAUACAAAGAAGCUACAAAAACUAUGUAUAAAAGAUUUUAUUAAAGAUUCUUCUUCCCAACGAUUGACAUCUAUAAAAUUACCUCGAGAUUUAAGCUUGGGUGGAACAAAACUUAAUAAGAAAGUUUACAAACCAAAUCUCAAUGUAGUUAGAAACAAAACCAACAUUGAAAAUAAGCUAAGAGAAAUAGAAAAACCGAAAUUUAAACAACAGAAGACUCGUGAGAGAAUUAAACCGAAGUUAGUACAGUCUACAGGAGUUUUUUCUGAAGGAAUAGUUUCUGAUCACCCACCUAUUAUUCAUCCUAUGAAAGUUAGGAAGCUAGAUGUUCAAGAAAAAGUAAACUUGGUGACACCAAAGUCUGAAAAACAAAGUGAAAUUAAUGUGAAACAUGAAAGUAAUGAGUAUGAAGAAAUAAAAAGAUACCUUGAUGGCAAUGAUAGUGAUUCGGAUGAAAAAUCAACUAUUAAACCAAUACCAUGGAAUGAAUCAUUAUUUCAAAAGGUAUUUGAAAAGUUCGAAUCCCUCUUUAUUGGUUUUCAAGAUAUUGCUCCUUUAGCAUUCGUUUUCAUGGGAAAUUUCAUGUCAAAUUCUCAUGGUAGUGAAAUGAUGGAUGUACUAAAAAAACAUUUUAAAAGACUAGGAGAGCUAAUUGUAAAAUUUCCUGGCAUUUCUAGUAAUAGCCAGUUUGUUUUCGUGCCUGGAAUGACGGACCCAUGUACACCUCAUCUAGUUCCAAGAUUUGGUUUACCCAGUUACAUAACCAGUGACAUAAAAAAGUUAAUUCCAAAAGCAAUCUUUGCUACAAACCCUUGUAGAAUACAGUAUUGUACAAGAGAGAUAGUUAUAUUCAGAGGUGAUCUUAUGCCUAAACUUUUACAAGGUACUUUGAAAAAACCUUCAAAGGAUGAAAUACCAGAAUGUAUAAGACGCACAGUAAUCAGUCAAGGCCACUUGAGUCCUUUGUCCUUAAAUGCUUUGACAGUGCAAUGGGAUUUUGAUUAUUGCUUAAGAUUAUAUCCCGUACCAGACUUGGUCAUUAUAGGUGACAAAUGUGAGUCAUAUGAAGGAAAUUACAAAGAAUGCCACGUUGCUAAUCCUGGUCCUUUCUGUGAAAGUGGGUUCCAGUUUAUAUCUUACUCACCUUUUUCCAAUACUGUAGAUGACUGUAGUUUAUAAUAUAUAAACAUUGAUUUUGAUUAAGUUUUGUUUUGUUUCUAGUAAAUAAAAUCCUUGACAAAGUGACAAAUUUAGAAAGAAAAGAUACAAACAAUAUUUUAAGUAGUUUUAUUAUUUCCAGUAUUUUUUUAUUCAAGAACAGAGAAAAAUCCUGAAAAAUAAUAACAAAAAAGUAUUACUCUUUCCAUAUUCACACGUCUGAAUAAUAAAAAUAAUCUCUUUCUUGUAACAAGUCACACUCACUCAAAUAAUUUAAUACCUGCAAAAAUAAACAAAUAAUAUACAAUGUUCAGAUCGAACGAUGCAAGCGGCUAAGCUAAGGUUUCAAUAAUCAUUAUUACAUAUUAAAUAUCACACUUUCAUCUUACAAAAUAACAAUAUUUAUAUAAAAUUCACAAUAUUUACAAAGGACGUAAUUGAAAAACUAUCUCUUGUAUAAAUUUUCUUUAGAAUAAUAAUGGGUAACUCGUCAUUUUGUUUGAUUCACUGUUUUUCCUAAAAUGAAUAAUGAAAUUAAAAAAAUUAUCAAUUGUCAAGGUUUUCCUGAUUUUUCAAAAAUGUUUCUAAAGUAGGCCUUAAAAAAAGAACCCUUAUAUCAUAACGUACAAUUCAAUUGUCAGUUUGGAUUUAAUUAGAAGCCCCGAGAAGUUAUCACGGACAUGACACGUAUCUAUCUUUGUCAGUGAUGGCGAGCUUUAAAAACAUUUUUUGUGGUAUUUUUAUUGUAUAAAAACUAACAAAAUACGAAUAUGAAUAAUGUCGUUACAAUACAGUAUACAAAUAUAAAACUUGACUUUUCCACUUGUUUAGUGGAUGAGAGAUGAAAAUCUUGUACAUUAAAGAUUAGAAACUACUCUGAUGGCAAUAAGUCGUCUUGUUACAGAUAGACACAUUGUUGGUGACUAGGGGGAUGGUCCCUGCAUGAUUUAUGCUUAUAUGCAUAUUUAAAACUAAGACAUGUUUGUUUUAUGUCUCCUCUUGUUGGUCAAUGUACUGGCAAAUGUCGGUUAUGAAAUUUACUGUAGAAAUUACGUGACUUUUCAUAAUUAUUCAUUUACACAAUUUUUAAUAUUGUAACAGAAAAUGUAAUAGAGUCCUAUUGAAAAAAGACAGUGACAUGUGCAUUAUUUGAAAGAUAUCAGUAGAAAACGCAAUGAAUGGAACAAAAUGAUUUAGUUUACAAAAGUUUGGCAAGAUUUGGAAAAUAAAAAUCAUAGAGGUCAUUUAAGAAAUAAGAUACAGCAGUAAUCACCAUUUUGUCUACCACAAAACAGUCGUUUUAUUCCGAUCGUUUGACCACGGUGUAACCAAAAAAUCUAAAAAUUAAAUGAAACGUUAUACCUCAUUGUUUUUCUUCUCGACCAUUUUUUUUUAAUUAUGAAUUUAAAUAAAAGACUGAGAGAAAACAAGCAAAUAUUAGGGUAUUUAUAGACACAAAAUACAGACAUCAUAUCAUAUUAUACCUUAGAUCUGUAUUUAUAAACAGAACUCGGCUAAGUCCGAUUCACCGAGUCGUCUUUGAACGCAAAUCAAAGUUCGGUUAUAACUUCUCUGUUCCAGGUGGUUCUGGUGUUACACUGGAAUUUAGAGAUGUACAGUGGCAAAUCUGUAAUUUUUAAAUACAUUUACGGGUUUGUUACUACCCAUCUAUAAACUCACGUGAUAUAAUCGAACUUCGAUUUUCGUUCAAGGACGGCUCAUCUGAGUCUGACAUGGCUGAGAUCUGUUUAUGGACCUUAGUUCUAGUUUUAUAUUUUGGCUGUCGUAGAACUUAUAGGUUUGUUCCAACAGCGCCUUUCUGAUGUGUCUCUGACUCGUGCAUGGAUGCAUUCGUAAACUAAUCACUGCGCAUGUCAGUCCGUUUAUUCGUCCGUUGUUUAAUCAGCGACUUGUCCUUGUUGGAACGCAAAAUGCAAUGGAAUUUGACAAACCAAACAUAUGUUUGGUCAAUUGGUAUUUUAAAAUUAUUUAAAAUACAACAACAUACAUUUAUUUAGCUGUCUCUAACCCUCUAUAUGAAUAUAUAAUUUUGAAACAUUAAGAUUGUUUAUUUUUAUUAAAAAUAAGUACGCAUUUUACAAAAAAAAAUCCGCCCACAAGAUAAGAACAAAAAUUAUUCAUUUCAAUUAAAAGCAAUAGAACCCCAAGCCACUCCAAGCUAACUUAAAAUCCCAACAAUUACAAAAAAAUAUCACGAACGAGAAGAGACGUUCAAAUGCGCAUGUGCUGAUAAAUUGUACAAGCAAUGAAGCUCUGAUCGUUUUGACAUUCCGCCGACUCAUUCAUGUACGAAUCAGAAAAUACGUUGGAACGUUUUACUGACAGUUCAUCGGAUCAUCCGUGGCUCUGUAGGAACGGACUAUUUUUAAUGCGCAUGCGUCUGACGUCCUUCUGAUGAUCAGAUUCGCUGUUGGAACAAACCUUAUGAUAACAGGAUGCAUUAUGUCGAUGGUCAAGUUGACUGAUAUAAUCAGAUCGGUGAUUGAACAAUUUAAUCGUUUCGAAAAUUCAUUGUCAUACAGACUUUAUAAACUGUGAAGUUAUUCCCAAAUUGGUGUAUUAUUUUUUUUUUUAAUAUAGUUUAUCCAUAUUUUCGAUUAAAAAAUAAUAUAAAUAUGGACCAUCUUUGAGGUUUGACAUUAUGUUAAGUCUCAAAACAUUGAUAUUAAAUAGGUAGGGCCCAAUUACAAUAAGAACACCGCUACGUCAUAACUUUUAUUUCUAAUUUCAAAUAUAUAUGUCAUCUACAACUAUCAAUAAAGAAUAUGUAAGUUGUUGGGUUUAAAAAUAUUAUUCCUACAUUCCUAUAAUAUUAACACGCCACUAAACCCCCAGUAGGCGGUAAUAGCCAACGAAUUACUCCGCCAAUUGAUGACGUAGCUGUGUUCUCCUUGUUGUAAUCGGACCCUAGUGGCAGACUAUUUUUGUGUGCAAGUGCAAUAACAACUAACAAUAAUUGACCAUUCACUAGACAGUUUUGUCGACCGUUCUGACUGACCCUGACCGAUUAGUCAUGACCGGUCAUCUCUUACGCUAGACAUUUUCAACCAGUCCGAUGACUUGCUUAAGCACUCAUAAAUAAUAACUUUGGUCAAUUAGAUACCAUCCUUGUCUUUAAUUGACGGUCUUGCUUGCUAAAAGGUCGUGAGCAGACAAAAAUCUCGGCCCCAAAACCAGCCAGCCUUCACUUUUGUAACGAUUACUAUUCUGGGAUUCAUUUGAUAUUUAGGUAAAUUAAAUGUUAUAUUUUUAGUGUAAUAUUAUUCAAAAGUUCUGAAUUUUGAUAGUACUUACUUUCUCUUUCGUAUUUCCUAAGCGCUUCUUCCCUCUCCAUAGCAUCGAAGUACCACAAUGUUAUUGCAUACCGAGUGUUAUAUGCAGGUUGUACUUCAUGUGGAUUUCUUCUAUCUGACCAAAAAAAUAACAGUCUAUCGAAUAAUGGUUCUAUAUCGGCUACCUAAAACGGA